AUGCAAAAGAAAAACGGGAAUGGACUCUUCAACACAAUCGAAUUUUAUUUUCCCUGCCUCAUCAAAGAUGUUGUGAUGCUCUUAACUGUUUCUCGUUUGUUACCCUGUCUGCCUUUAAUAGGCUUUCCCCUUCUGGUCUGGAAGCCAUUAACCUAUCUUCUUCCACAAAAAUCGUUCGCUCUACUUUUUCAUUUUCCUUAUGAUUAUGCUGGAGCUAUCUACACUCGUUGCAACAUCGUCCUUCUGGAAAUUAUGUCUUUACUACGUUCCAUAAGUGUUUAUCCCGUGAACGAAGCUGUAGAAUAG